UUGACAAAGUCUGACGUAGGUUAGGCGACUAUUUUAAAAAUAUUUGUGCCUGUUCAGUAUUACAAAUCGCUAAUCAAAUUAUACGCGUACAACGUGACGAUGCAGAUAUCCAAAAAAAAAGAUAAAGGAUCCAGUUCUUUUAAGUGAUAUCCCAUUUAUAAAUUGAAAUAUCAGAUUUCGUACAAUAAGUGACCAGAUAAAGAGAAUCAUUACAAAUAAGACAUAUAACAAAACAAAAAAUAUCAGAAGUAAUCUCAUAUUAAAACAACAAUAAAAGAGAUAUUACUUAGGAAUUUCUUUUUAAUGAUUUAUUAAGAAUUAAACUUUGAAGGAUUCAAAAUGAAUACAACAAUGACCUAUUGUCCUCCAAAUAUAACGUUUAAUGAGAUUUGGAUGGAACAUGGAAUGUCAAAAUGUUUCAUGGAUACUAUUAGUAGUGCUGUGAUUUCAUUGUACCUAUUCAUUUUUGGUACAAUGCAACUUUGGAUAUAUCGAAAGCAUGGCACAGAACUUGCUGCAACUUUAGUACCUAAAAGUAAAUUAUAUGUUUUACAAAAAAUACUGCUAUACUUUGUUCCAAUACUCAGUAUAGUAAGAAUAAUUCUACAAGCAACAGUUUUGAAUGACAAGAAAAUCUAUGGUUACAUGAUUGUCACAACAAUAUUAACUGUGAUUGUUUAUCCAUUUUCUGUGUACAUAUUAAGGGUAGAAAGACACAAAUUGUUACCAAGUGUACCACCACGUGGUCAUGGUCUUGUAUUGUUGGGCUUUUGGACCUUGGCGUUUGCUGCUGAAAAUUUUGUCUUUGUUAACAUUGGAAAACUUGAAUGGUGGUUUCAUUUAAAUACAUUAACAGACCAAAUCGAGAUGGCACUGUUCGUUUUGCGUUACGUCAGCAAUCUUCUCAUCUUUGCCUUAGGGCUCAAAGCACCAGGAAUAUUUGGGAUACAAGGAAUACUUUCAAGUUCUGAAUAUCAUAGAAUCAAUGAUGGUCCAGCUACACGGUCAAGAUAUUACCAAGGUAGACCUGAGAAUAACAGUUCGGCAUGGGCAAAUUCCUGGUAUAAGAUAAAAACUUUGGCACCAUUUUUGUGGCCUGAAAAAAGUUUUACGCUUCAACUGAGAGUUAUAUUUUGCUUUACGUUACUCAUAGCAGGACGUUUCAUAAACUUGUAUGUUCCAAUUUAUAAUAAAAAGAUUGUCGACAGUGUUGCCGAAACUCCUACAACAUUUAGGUGGGACCUCAUAUUAAUAUAUGUAGCAUUCAAAUUCUUACAAGGUGGAGGUACAGGUGGUAUGGGAGUACUGAACAAUCUAAGAUCGUUUUUAUGGAUUCGUAUACAACAAUAUACAACUCGGGAAAUUGAAGUUGAAUUGUUCAGGCAUUUACAUAGUCUAAGUUUACGCUGGCAUCUUGGACGGAAAACUGGCGAAGUUUUAAGAGUCAUGGAUCGUGGCACAGAUUCUAUAAACAACCUACUUAAUUACAUUCUCUUUUCCAUUGUGCCAACAAUUGUUGACAUUAUCGUGGCUGUUGUAUUCUUUGUUAGUGCUUUUAAUAAGUGGUUUGGAUUAAUUGUAUUCACAACUAUGACUCUUUAUAUAGCUGCUACAAUUCUUGUUACCGAAUGGCGUACCAAGUUCCAAAGGCGUAUGAACUUAGCAGAUAAUGCCCAAAGAGCACGAAGUGUUGACAGUUUACUUAAUUUUGAAACGGUCAAAUAUUACGGAGCAGAGUCAUACGAAGUAGAUAGCUAUAGAAAAUCAAUAAUAGACUUCCAAAUAGAAGAAUGGAAAUCAAUGAUUACAUUGAAUAUUUUAAAUACCUUGCAAAAUAUAAUCGUUUGCGCUGGUUUGUUAGCUGGAUCUUUACUUUGUUUGCACAUGGUUGUGACUCAUCAAGGUUUAACAAUUGGUGAUUAUGUUUUGUUUGCAAGUUACAUCAUUCAACUUUAUGUACCAUUAAAUUGGUUUGGAACAUAUUACCGUGCUAUACAAAAGAAUUUCGUUGAUAUGGAAAACAUGUUUGAUCUUCUCAGAGAAGAACAAGAAGUAAUUGAUGCUCCAGGUGCUGGACCAUUAAUAGUAAAACGUGGUCAAGUUGAAUUCUCGAAUGUAUCGUUUAGUUACGUUCCCGAGAAAGUCAUACUAAAAAAUAUUAGCUUUGUCGUUCCAGCGGGAAAAACUAUUGCUUUGGUUGGACCUUCGGGAGCUGGAAAAUCAACUAUCGUGCGACUGUUAUUUAGAUUUUAUGAUGUAGAAGAAGGAGCGAUAUUGAUCGAUGGACAGAAUGUUAAAACAGUUAAACAAGAUUCUUUAAGGCGGGCAAUAGGUGUUGUACCUCAAGACACUGUACUGUUUAAUAACACCAUAAAAUAUAAUAUUCAAUAUGGUCGUAUCGAAGCUGUAGAUGCAGACGUAAUAGCAGCAGCUAGAAAUGCAGACAUUCAUGACCGAAUUCUUUCAUUUCCAAAUGGUUAUGAAACACAAGUUGGCGAGAGAGGACUUCGAUUAAGUGGAGGAGAAAAACAACGAGUUGCUAUCGCGCGUACAAUAUUGAAGGAACCAGCAAUUGUGCUCUUGGACGAAGCAACAAGUGCACUUGAUACUCAAACAGAGCGUAACAUUCAAGCAGCGUUAGGAAGAGUUUGUGCUAAUCGAACAACUAUUAUCAUAGCACAUAGAUUAUCCACGAUCAUACACGCCGAUGAAAUUCUCGUUUUAAAAGACGGGGAAAUUGUAGAAAGAGGCAAACAUGAAGAACUAAUCUCUUAUAGCGGAAUUUAUCAUUCCAUGUGGCAAGCCCAACUACAGAAUGAUCAAGAGAAUAACAAAUUACCAAAUGGUGAUAUCCAUCAGGAAACUGAUGUAACAUCAUCGUAAAUGCUUUUAGGAGAAAAGAUAACCUCAUUUGUUGAGUGUAAUAGUCAUAAUAAAAAAAAGUAUAAACCUGUUCCUA